AUGUGGUCCAGCAAGCGCGCUUCUCCCCCCGCGGCCGAUAGCCCAACCGACGUGGAGAGCACACCUUCGCCCGUCUCCGGCAGACAGAGGAACCCCGGUCGUCGCUUUGCCCAGAUUGUGAAGCUCAAGCCCGAGUUCGUCGACAAGUACAAGGAGGUCCACGCCAAAGUGUGGCCCGAAGUCCUCCAGCAGAUCAAGGAGUGCAACAUUGUCGACUACAGCAUUUUCCACGACCCCGAGUCUCGCACCUUGUUCGCGUCGUUCAAGUACGUCGGUUACGACUAUGCCGGAGACAUGGAGAAGAUGCGCGAGAACCCCAAGGUCCGCGAGUGGUGGGCCAUGACCGACGGCUGGCAAGAGUCUGUCGUUCCGGGCGCCGUCAGCAGCGAGGCUGUUGACGCGCCUUCGUGGUGGAAGCCCGUCGAGGAGGUGUUCUACACAGCUUGA